CUUCUUAUUGUCUAAGCCGAGCCGAUCAUCCAUUUCCUCCUCUACCUUGCCGACUUUCUGAGAAUAGUUCUGCUUCUCCGAGUGGGAAUGAGCUUUUCAAUGCCUCAACCUACUUCGAGAUUCGGAUAUAUAUAAGUACUGAAAGGAUGACUGGCUUAGGACUCUGUAGGGGGCCGAGGGCUAAUAAUGUCCACGCAACUCUUGACCGGAAAGAAAGCACUUGGCAAUACCAUGGGUAUGACGGGCAGAAAUAUCUGGAGAAUGAUGAGGGAGAGAGCUAUAACGAGCCUUAUGGAACUGGGGAUACGGUUGGUUGUGGCGUGGAUAAAAACGGGGAUCUUUUCUUUACGAAGAAUGGCGCAUACCUGUGUAUCGCACACAAAGGACUUUCUGGCCAGCUGUUCCCGAUCGUCAUCAUGGCACAAUAUGGCCACGUCAGAGCAAAUUUCGGAAAGCUGCCAUUCAUGUAUAGGCCAGUCGCGGAAGUCGAAGAUACUAUCACCGCGGCGGAUACUGGCUCAGUGAAUGAGGAAGUCGUCAUGGAGUCCUCUGAAGUUCCCGAUUGCCAGUCACCGAUGUACGUACUGCACCGCAUAGUCGACAUCGUGGAUGCUGGACCGCAGAAUUAGAAUGUCGUCAUAGAGCCUGCCAGCUCGAUUCCCCAGCGCCGGGGACACUACGGAGGUUAAAUCGGAGAAAAGGAAGGCGAAGCUACAUGUCAAUAUUGAAGUAUUGAAGUUCUACCAACGAUUUC